AUGGAUCCGAACGUCAUCAAAUCCGGCACCUUUAAUCAGAUCUGGAAGACGAAGGGGUUGGGAAACUAUAAUGGGUUUACAGAACAAUUCUAUGCUCAACCCCUUGUCUACACCCCCGCCGACACCCAAUACGUAUAUGUGAUCUCCCAGCAAAACAUUGCCUACAUUCUCGACGCCAAAACUGGGGAAAUAAUCAAACACCGCACAAUCCACAUUCCAUUCCUUGUGACCCCCGAUCUAGCUGGCUGCAACGACGUAGCAGACUGCGUCGGUUCAACCGGGACUGGAGUAAUAGACCCGGACACGGGGACCUGGUUCUUCACCACGAAGACAUACGCUGAUCAGACCAAGAAUACGCCGCAAGGGCUCGCCGCAGGGAGGUACUAUAUCCAUGCGGUGGACGCACUAACUCUGGAAGAAAAGCCCAAUUUCCCUAUUCCACUGGAAGGAAUGACGGCGGAUAACGCACCGUGGCGAAUGUUCGAAGGUGGGAAACACCAUCAGAGACCCGCACUGCUGCAGGUCAAUAACUACGUCUACGCCGGCUUCGCCAGUCACUGUGUGCAGUGGAACUUCACUGGGUGGGUCGUUGGCUGGCAUGCCACUGAGGGCCGUAUAGUCACGAAGUACACCAUGGAAGGUGGAAAGGAGGCUACCGGAAUUGGCGGUGGAAUCUGGAUGAGCGGUGGUGGAAUCGCGAGCGAUAAUCCCGGGAGAAUGUUUUUUGCAACCGGAAAUGGCUAUGCGAGUCAAUUGGCUGACGAUCCAGUUCCCGGCAGGCAACCACCGACGGCACUCGAAGAAGCCGUAGUCAACAUGGCAAUUGGGGAAGAUGGAAGGGUGACGCCGACAGAUUUCUUCAUGCCCUGGGAGAAGCGCGACCUAGACGGUAUGGACAAGGAUCUCGGCACCUCGAGUUUUGUCCUUCUAGAACCGAGCGUCUUCAGUACGGCCAGAGUCCAACGCAUCGGCACGGUGGCUGGAAAAACCGGAAAGCUAUAUUUCCUAAACCUGGAUGACCUAGGUGGCUACCAAAUGGGGGAAAACCGGAAAGACAAGAUUCUCCAGACGAUCGCUCUAAGCGGCCCGGUAUUCGCUUCUGCGGGGACUUACCCGCACGACGGGGGGUAUGUAUAUCUUUCGCCGGUGGGGCAGCAGACGGUAGUGUUCAAGUUUGGAAUAAACUCGAAUGGCGACCCAGUGUUUACUCAGGCUGGUAAAACCACCGAGACCACCGCUGGAAGGCAGGGUGUUGGGCAUACGACGGUGACUUCGAUGAACGGCGAAUCUGGCUCUGGAAUUCUUUGGAUCUCGGAUGUAGACGGAGCUAACCUCCGGGCUUACGGCGCAGUCCCGGUCAACGGGGUGUUGCCUACCCUCGCUCUCCUCAAUAAUGUCGGCCAAAUGAAGUUUUCUCGACCCAGCUUCGGCGACGGGCGUGUUUACUUGACUUCCCACACGGGGUACAUAACCGCCUUUGGUUCACCGGUCAACAUGCCGUUGAAUUGCUCUUCGCCGUACGACGCAGGAACAGUGCCUAUCGGGAAUACCUCUACUGUAGCGAUAACCUGUCGGGCAAAAACCCCCCUAACUAUCAAUGCCACAAACCUGGAUGAUGGCACCAACUUCAAAAUAUUUGGCUACACGUUGCCAAACACCCUGGCAACCGGCGAGACCUUCUCCAUCCGCGCAAACUUCACCCCAAAAACCGUUGGCCCGUUGAGCACAAAUAUCAACAUCCGAACGAUAAAUGGUGGCACAGAGCAGUUCUCGACCAACACUCCCGUUGUCAUCCGGGGUGUCGCCAUAUCUUUGAAUCCCAUCCUGACGAUACAACCGAACGUCCUAUCCUUCGGGGAAGUAAUCACGGGCGAAGACACGGCGGGAAAAAAUCUAGACUUUACAAUGGAGAACGAUGGCCAAUCGCCACUGGUCAUACAGGAUUACAAAAUCUCCCUCAAUACUUCAACCGGUCCCUUUCUCCCGGCCCAACCGUUUCCACUGAAAGCUGGGCCGUUCACCUUUGUGGACUUACCCGCUGUGAACUCGAGCAUCCCAGGGGACGGCGCCGUCUCGACCACCGUAAAUUUCAACCCCAAAGUGGAUGGGUACUAUAAAGCAUACCUGGUAAUAACCACCAAUGGCGGGUCAAAAUUCGUGGGUGCAUUUGGAACAGCUGGAGGGAAACCCAAGGCACUACUGGAGUGGCAACUUGAAAACGGAACCUGGAUAGCUUACCAAAAGGGCGUUCCGUUCGCAUUCGGUCCCGUGCCGCUCGGUACCCAAGCGUUCCGCAAACUCCGCCUUCGCAACCUCGGGGGAACAAACCUGACCACAUCCGUCUCCAAACCUCCCGUCUCUGGCCCCCUAGCUGCAGUAAACCCCCUCGGCUCGAUCCCGGAGGGCUCGCAGGUAGCACCUAAUGGCAGUAUCGAAGCAACUCUGAUCUGCUCGCCUCCGAAAUCACAAGUCAACGAAGACCCGACUACGCUCACAGCUGUCUGGACUAUGAACAACAAUGAUGCUGCCUUUGGAAAGACCGAGGUUGACUUUACGUGCACUGGCGCGUCGAACCAGGUUGGGCCUUUGGACCCGAAUGGACAAGGGUGGUAUAGGUAUUUGGGAUGUUUUAAGGACGCUAAUCCCAACAGGAAUCUUGAGGAAUUGCUAUAUUACAGUGCUAACAACACGAAUGGGAGGUGUCAAUUUGAUUGCAUGAAUAGUGCGGGACAGUUCGCUUAUGCUGCGACGGAGUAUGAGGGAGAGUGUUGGUGCGGGACUAAAAGGGGCCUGGAAAAGGUUCCGGAUAAGUUCUGUCAGUACCUCUGUAGAGGAGACUUUAGAGAGUACUGUGGCGGUGAUGGAGCGUACAUGAGUUUAUUCGGAGACCGGAGAAAGGUUGGGAAUUUCUCUACCAUUAGUUCGAGCACGACCUCCACAACUUCCACUUCGACUUCGUCAACUUCAACUCCAAUAUCCACCACUACGACCGGAAACUCCAGCAUUACCAUCACUUCCACCAGCACAAGCGCAACAGCCUCCUCAACAGCCCCUGCGAACCUGACCUACCUUGGCUGCGCAAAUGAGGGCACCACCGGCCGUGCCCUUGCGAAAGACGCGAUGGCAGAUCCCCUCAUGACCAUCACCCUCUGCGCAGCAUACUGCACGAACAAAGGCUAUCCACUUUCAGGUCUCGAGUACUCUACAGAAUGCUACUGCGGUAACGUCCUAGAAAACGGGUCUACAAUUGGCGGAUCGACAGCAUGCAACAUGCCCUGCGGUGGGAAUGCCGCGACGACAUGUGGCGGACCCGGAGCGCUCUCGGUGUACAAUAACACGGCGCUCGUACCCCCAAAGCAACCAGCCACUGUGCCAAGCGUAGGUAAUUACCAGUCCUUGGGAUGUUACACCGAGGGUGUAAACGAGCGUGCCCUAGCAGGACCCGGAAUGGCUACGGCGGAUAUGACAGUGCAAUCUUGCGUGGCGUACUGUCUUGCAGGGGGGUUCAAGUAUGCAGGCAUCGAAUACUCAACCGAGUGUUACUGCGGUGCAACGAUCGCUACAACGGCCAAAAGUGCCCCCGCAUCGGAGUGUAAUAUGCUCUGCGGGGGUGAUAAGUACGCGUACUGCGGUGGGCCGAGUAGGUUGAAUGUCUACGGGAACUUGAACGGGACUGUCAGUAGUGUUCCCCCUAUCAGUACCACUACUUCUACAUCGAUUACUUCGUCUAUUAAUGGAACCACUACGAGUACUACCUCCACCAGCACAUCUUCCACACCAACCCUGCGGCCCGGAUACACGUACCUUGGAUGUGCGAAUGAAGGUAUCAACGGGAGAGCUCUCACGAAAGAUGCUACAGCAAGCGCGACUAUGACUACAAUUAUGUGCCAAGACUACUGCACAAGCAAGGGUUAUUCCCUCUCCGGUGUUGAAUACUCAACGGAAUGCUACUGCGGCGGUGCCCUCGAGAACGGAUCUAUAAUAGGUGGAUCAACCGCCUGUAAUAUGCCAUGCGGUGGUGCCCCAAGCUCAAUCUGCGGUGGCCCCGGCGCUCUUUCGGUAUACAACAACACCGCGUUGGUAGCGCCGAAGCAGCCCGCAGUGGUACCGGCAGUCGGGGAUUACAAAUCCCAAGGAUGCUACACAGAAGGCGUCAACGAACGUGCUCUCGCCGGACCCGGAACGGCGAGCGUGAAUAUGACCGUCCAGUCCUGUGUCGGCUUCUGUCAAUCUGGCGGGUACAAGUAUGCCGGUAUAGAAUACUCGACAGAGUGCUUCUGCGGCAGCGUUAUCGCGACAACGGCCAAAACCGCUCCGGCAUCGGAAUGUAACAUGCUCUGCGGCGGUGAUAAACUCGCAUACUGCGGUGGCCCGAGCCGCUUAAACAUCUACGGGAAGGUUAACGGAACUACCACCACCAGCAGCUCGACUUCUAUCGUUUCUACUUCUACGUCUACAUCUACCACCGUUGCGUCCGGGACAACUACCACUUCCAGCACAACUUCAAAAAGUAGCACUUCCACCAGCAGCACCGCAACGCCAACUUUACGCGCAGGAUACACCUACCUCGGCUGCGCGAAUGAAGGUACCAACGGUCGAGCUCUCGCAAAAGACUCAACAGCAAGCUCUACUAUGACUACCACCGUGUGUCAAGACUACUGCACAGGCAAAGGUUAUCCCCUCUCCGGCGUUGAAUACUCCACAGAGUGUUAUUGCGGCAAUGUCUUGGAGAAUGGAUCUACCAUUGGGGGCUCGACAGCUUGCACCAUGCCAUGUGGUGGUGCCUCGAACUUGACCUGCGGUGGACCGGGAGCGUUGUCGGUAUACAAUAACACUGCACUAGUAGCGCCAAAGCAACCCACCGUUGUACCCGCUGUCGGGGAUUAUAAGUCCCAAGGAUGCUACACGGAGGGCGUCAAUGAACGUGCUCUGGCAGGACCUGGAACGGCGAAUGCGAACAUGACUGUCCAGUCCUGCGUUAGCUACUGUCAAGGCGGGGGUUACAAGUAUGCCGGAAUAGAGUAUUCGACCGAGUGUUACUGCGGAAAUGCCAUCGGAACAACGGCAAAAACAGCGCCGGUAUCAGAAUGUAACAUGCUCUGCGGUGGUGAUAAGUUCGCAUACUGCGGCGGUCCAAGUCGGUUGAAUAUCUAUGGGAAAGUUAAUGGGACUAGUAGCAGCAGCGGCUCAACCUCUAUCCCAGUUACCUCCACCUCUCUCACUUCCACGGGGUCCGGGACAACUACAUCUGCCAGCACAACCUCAAAGAGUAGUACUUCCACCACCUCCGGAAGCAGUACCGGCAGUAGCACAACCUUGGGCAAUAGUACCUCCACAACCAGCAUGAGUAGCAGCAGCACCGCCACGCCAACUUUACGUCCGGGGUACACCUACCUCGGCUGCGCAAACGAAGGCACAAACGGCCGGGCACUCUCCAAAGACGCAACAUCAAGCUCAACAAUGACACCGAACGUCUGUCAAGACUACUGCACAGGGAAAGGCUACCCCCUCUCGGGUGUUGAAUACUCAACAGAAUGCUAUUGCGGUAACGUUUUAGAGAAUGGAUCUACCAUCGGUGGCUCGACAAGUUGCACAAUGCCCUGCGGAGGAUCUCCCAACGUGAUAUGUGGUGGUCCAGGUGCGCUCUCGGUGUAUAAUAAUACCGCCAUCACAGCGCCCAAGCAACCGAUUAUGAUUCCUGCCGCUGCGGGAUAUAACCUUACUGGGUAA